UAAACAACAGUGCGCAUGCGGACUAUAAAAGGCGUCGUGGGCUCGCAGGCCUCCCGGCAGUGGGCGGCUCUUCCAGCACUGCGCUGCUCGCGAUUGGCUGCGCUCCAUCAGACCGGGAAUAUUUUGAAAGUCGUUUUUUUCUAACCAUGGAGCGAGAAGCUGAAGUCGGAGUGUCGGAGGUCGUGUUGGUUGGUUUUGAGUCGUACGUCAACGUCGAACUCGACACGGAACAGAACAACCCGAAGGCUGAAUCGGGGCCCGAUGCGUCCCACCCAGCUCUGCUUCAGGAUGAAGACGACAGUGGUGAUGGCGAGGAAGACGACGACAGCGGCACGGACCACUUCAACACUGAAAAGUCCGGGACUCAGCUGCAGAGGUGUGAGCGCCAUGGAGGAGUGAAUCCAGGUCUCCCCGACACCUUCCAGACCAGCCACCUGCUGUUCUAUGAGCGAUUUAAAGCGUACCAGGACUACAUGCUUGGCGACUGUAAGCCGUCCGAGGUGAAGGCCUUCACAGCAGACUACCUGGAGAAGGUGGUGGAACCGUGCGAUUGGUUGGCGCUGUGGUCUACGAAUUUCUUCGACGUGUUGGUGGAGGUGUGUGACCUGGACCUGAAGGAUCUGAAGGCGUGUGUGAAGCUGGUGCUGCCUCUGCAGUGUGAAACCAGAGGCUGUGAGCUCACUGAGGAGGCCAUGAAGUCUCUGCUGGAGGCCACUCAGCACCGACUCCCCCUGCAGGAGCUGCUCGUGGUCUACGAGCAGUCUGGGGACUUUGAUCUGACCGCCCUCGCUCUGGAGCACCUCAGGUUUUUCUACACGCAUAUCUGGAGGCACUGGGACGAGGAAGAUGAAGAUGACGACUUUGACUACUUUGUUCGCUGUGUCGAGCCUCGUCUCAGGCUCUACUACGACAUCUUGGAAGACCGAGUCCCAUUAGGCCUGGUGGCAGAGUACCGGUCCUUACUGGAAAACUGCUCCCACUGCUUCCAGAAGUUCUCUACUCUGCGCAGAGGCCUCAGCAGCGACUCUGACACGGAGCUGGACAACGUGUCCAUGGUGGAGGGCCUGAAGCUCUACGACCAGCUGGAGGCGUUCAAGCGCAAGCUGCACAUCAUAGAGAACCCCCUGCUGAGGUACGUGCUGGGCUACAAAGGCAAUGCCAGUCAGCAGUGUGUGCAGAGCCGUGGUCCUCGAGCGUCGGGCAUGAAGGUGGUCCAUGUGGUCACAGCGUCCUGCAGCACCACCCAGCUCCAGUCCCUCCUCAGUGACCGCCUGCUGCCUCUAUGUCCCUCUGAGGACACUGACAUUCAGUUCUAUAGAGAUCCAGUGUCGGCGGUGGAAGCGUGCUAUCAGGGUGACGUGGUCAUUGUGCUUCCAGGAAUCUACAGCGUCAGCAGCUCCAUCUUCCUACCAGAUUCCAUCAGUGUAGAAGGCUUCGGGCUCCCUGAUGAGGUGGUUAUUGAGAAGAAAGACCAGGGCGACUCAUUUGUGGAGUCCACGGGAGCCGAUGUCCGACUGUCCAACAUCAAGUUCAUACAGCACAAUGCUAUCGAGGGCAUUAUGUGUGUGCGUCAAGGGACUCUGACCAUGGAGAACUGUGUGCUGCAGUGUCAGACCACGGGAGUGAUCGUCCGGACAUCGGCGUGUCUCACCAUGAACAGAUGUGACCUGUACGGCUCCAAGGGGGCGGGUUUGGAGAUUUACCCUGGCAGUGUUUGCAGUCUGGUUGGUAACGGUAUCCAUCACUGCAAGGACGGGAUCCUCAUCAAGGACUUUGCCAAUGAGCUCGACGUUAUGCCUUCAAUCACCAUGGAGAACAAUGUGAUCCACAACAACGAAGGCUACGGGGUGAUUCUGGUGAAAUCCAACAACGGGGAACCACAUGGAGCCCAUCAAGACCGGGGUGACGGCCCUUCUGGACCGACGGCAGAAGACCAACAGAAGGAAGGUGUUACGGCCCCGACCGACCCGACCAGCUCCAGUUCAGCAGACGUCCAGCCGGAGUCAGCGGAGAGCAGCGGCGGUGCGGACUGUGACACAGCCGCCGCCUCCGGCAGUAAGUGGCGAUUUAUUCGUCAGCUGAGCAGAAACAAGGAGACGUCCUGCAGCCGAGCCGUCCAGGACCUGAUGGACCACCAGAUCUUUGUCUCCAUUCAGGGAAACCAGUUCAGACGCAACGGCAUGGGUGACCUCGGCACCUUUUUCUACUGAAGAGUUUACUGUAGCGUAGCGGCGCUUCUUUUUUUCUUUUUUUUUUUAACGCUCUUCCACGCUUUAUUGGAUGGUUGCUUUGUGUUUUUAGAUUUCAUUUGUCAAGAAAUAAAUAUUUCCAAUUGACAGCAGCGACUAUAACCAUGAAGGAAGUGUGACUCCGACUUUUACCGGUGUCAGCUGGUAGAAAUGCUUUUAUUCUAUUUAUUCCUUUGGGCUCCUGAUGCUAAAUGUCAUUCAUUUUAAUUAUUGUUUUCACUUGUCACUUUUCAUGCCGUUUUGAUGUUUCCACUUCAGAUGUAAUAAAUGUAUCCAUUUAUUCGGUGGUUUGUUUGAUAGCAGCUCACGAUUGUUUUCUUUGUUGAUGAGAUUUUCACAGGGUGCCACGGCUGUUUUUAAAGUUUGAUGUAUUUUACGGUCCAGGGAAGUCGUUGGGUUGAAGCUCAGUGAGAAUAGGAAGUCUCUUGUAGAUUGAUGAUGCAAAUGAGUCUUUACUUGAGGAGAUUGUGUAUCUGAUUAAAGGUCUCUGUUGAAACCUC